CACACGUUGCUCCAGGGAUAUAUUGCCGGCAGUCGCCCCAUCUCCAGACUUUGCUCAUCCAUAUACCAAUCCAUUGAAUUUAUCCAUUGAAUUUAUCGCUCUUAUAUAUACCCGACGCGAUCAUAUCAAAGACCACGACAGCUUUUUUGACCGCUUCAACACCAUCUUAAUCAACCACCAUGUCUGAAGAUUGGGAUUCCGCCACCAAGAUUGGAAGCCGCGUUCGCGGUGCUGGUGCCUCGGACCGCGAGACCGUCAUUCGUGGAAAGAGUGCGCUGAACGCUGCCGCGAGAUCCGGCGCUGCCAUCAGCACAGAAAAGAAAUAUGCCAGCACCAACUCAACCGGUGGUGGCAGCGAAGGCCAGCGUCUGACCAAGGUCGACCGCUCCGAUGACAUUAUCAAGCCCAAGACAGUCGGAAAGGAAGUUGGCAAGGCUAUCGAGCAGGCCCGCCAGAAGUUCGAGCCCACCAUGACCCAGGCCGAAUUGGGCAAGAAGAUUGGCGAGACAUCAGCAACUGUUGCUACAUACGAGCGCGGUACUGCUACGCCUGACCAGACCAUUCUCUCCAAGAUGGAGAGGGUGCUCAAUGUCAAGCUGCGGGGCGCCAACAUUGGCGCCCCGCGCCUGGGCCCCAAGAAGAAAUAAAUCAAAGGGGUCUGAAAGAGAAGGGAGAAGGGAGAAGUAAUAUAGCACAAGGCAAGACGCCGCGACAAAGCGCGUGGCUUUAUUGUCUGGUGGCUGUUGCGUACGCGGUGCGCUUUAACCAUGAUAACAAAAGGAGUACAAAGCUGUUUCGAUAGAUGGGUUAUGGUGCAUUCCUGCUCGUAUAGCAGAGAAACAGGAUGUAUUGGUCCGGUUCACGCAGGAUUUUUGGCGUUUUACGUGGGAUGAUCAAGAAUUUAGAAUUCAGAAUGUGGACAAACACCCAAUUUUGCCUGCAAGUUCACUUUUGCUUC